AGUUCCAUUGAAAGGAAACCUUGGAGGUUGCAAGACAAGUCCAAGAUGUGCAGUUCAGUUGCUCCCAGGCUGUGGUUCUUAACAGACCGUCGCAUCAGAGAAGAUUACCCUCAGCAGGAGAUCCUGAGAGCGCUGAAGGCCAAGUGCUGUGAAGAGGAGCUAGAUUUCCGGGCCUUGGUGAUGGAUGAAGUGGUGCUGACCAUUGAGGAUGGAAAUCUUGGUCUUCGGGUGAACGGGGAGCUCAUUACUGCUUACCCGCAAGUGGUGGUCGUGCGUGUACCAACACCUUGGGUUCAGAGUGACAGCGAUAUCACAGUCCUUCGCCACCUAGAGAAGAUGGGCUGUCGAUUGAUGAAUCGUCCCCAAGCCAUCCUCAACUGUGUCAACAAGUUCUGGACGUUUCAAGAACUUGCUGGUCAUGGUGUGCCUCUUCCAGACACUUUUUCAUAUGGUGGUCAUGAGAAUUUUGCCAAAAUGAUUGAUGAGGCGGAAGUGCUGGAGUUCCCUAUGGUGGUGAAGAACACGCGGGGUCACCGAGGUAAAGCUGUGUUCCUGGCACGAGAUAAGCACCAUUUGGCAGACCUAAGCCAUUUGAUCCGUCACGAUGCCCCUUACUUAUUUCAAAAAUACGUUAAAGAGUCCCAUGGCAAGGAUGUACGUGUCAUCGUAGUAGGAGGCCGUGUAGUGGGCACCAUGCUCCGCUGCUCAACAGAUGGGAGGAUGCAGAGUAACUGCUCGCUUGGUGGCGUAGGGAUGAUGUGCUCGCUGAGCGAACAAGGCAAGCAGUUGGCAGUCCAAGUGUCAAACAUCCUGGGGAUGGACGUGUGCGGCAUUGACCUGCUGAUGAAGGACGACGGUUCAUUCUACGUCUGCGAGGCCAAUGCAAAUGUAGGUUUCAUUGCCUUUGACAAGGCUUGUAAUCUAGAUGUAGCUGGUAUCAUAGCGGACUAUGCCGCUUCUCUCCUUACCCCCGGUCGCUUGACGCGGCGCAUGUCCUUGCUCUCUGUGGUGUCCACGGCAAGCGAGACUAGCGAGCCAGAGCUGGGCCCUCCAGCUAGUGCCGCUGUCGACAAUAUGAGUGCUAGCUCCAGCUCUGUCGACAGCGACCCUGAGACCACGGAGAGAGAGUUGCUCACCAAGCUCCCGGGGGCUCUGUUCAACAUGAACCAGCUAUUAGCCAAUGAGAUCAAACUUCUUGUGGAGUGAUGCCACAUGUAAAUAGAUGACCAACAGAACUCUCUCUUGUAAAAUUUUUUUUUUUUCAAACCAACUUGCAAUGCUGUUUAUCAGAGAAGCUCAGAGGAAUGAGGAAGGGGGAGGAGGGGUGUCAAUCAAGAGAACAAAAGGCACAUGUGCUGUGAUUGCUGCCCCUACUUUUUUGCAGAACGUAAAAUUGUGUUCAUUCUACAGCAUCGGUU